AGAUAAAAUUAUUUAAAUAUUUAAGAUGUUUAAUAAUAUACUACGACCACACUUAUAGAUAGUUUAAUUUAUUGAUUUAUAAAGAAAUUGGAACUUCAUUUUAAGACAGGAAGGAGAUUUUGUCACUCAAAAUGAAAGAAUUAUUUAAUUAAACACAACGAAUAAUUUUAAUUAGUUUAAAAAAAAUUAUUAAUUAUAUAACUAUAAGUUCGAUGGAAUAGAACUGCGAAAAAAUAAAUUCGGCGAAAUGGUACCGCGGCGAAAUGAAACGACGGCAAAAUGGGAGCUGACCUUGCAGGCGACACCAUCCAGACAACAGGUACUUUUUCCGAAACCAUGGUAGAGCACUUCAUAACCACGAGUGGAGGCAUCGUUACUACCAGUUACGCCAACACUGCCCAAUUGAAUAUCUCUAUAUGUUGUAUGUACUAUAUAGGGUAGAGAUUGCAUAGGGAUGGAACACGUCAUUUGUUUGUUAGACGCUAUAGGCAGUAUAUAAAUGAUAAUACCAUACAGUACCUAUGUAAAAUAACGAUGAUAAUUAUACGUCUGUAAUUCUAAAAUUUGAAAUUUGAAUGCGAAUCGCGAGUGUAAUAGUUGUGCGGAUUAAAAUGGAAAAUAACCCGCAGAAAUUUUGAAAGAAAAAGAACGAGAAAAAACCGAUGAAGAAAAUGAACCGAAAACCCCGUUACGAUUGGGACUGGAACAUCAAUCUGAGUAAUAUGUCACAGUGGCCUCGUAGGAGAACCGAAGAGGUAGAUGGAAACUACUCGGAUGAUGUGUUUUAUUACCCGUGGUAUAGACGCAAUUGGGCUGCAGAAACACCCGCGAUAAUCCCAUCUUGCACCCCAUUUGAACCAUCUUGUUCGUCGGAAUUCAAUUUCCAGGAAGAAGGUCGUGGCAAAGUUGAAACGUGUUCGGAUACGUCACCGUCCGAAGAGAAUAUGCAAGUCUCCAACUCUGACAGCACACACUCUAGCGACAUGUCAGACAAUGGAUCAAUGAAUUUAAACGAUGAGGAGAAUAAUAAUUGUUCUACCUCUAUCGACGCGACUGUGCCAUCGAAGUCUGCCGAACAGCAUAACCGCGCCAGACCAAACGCCGGUUCAAAAGCCAGUGGUCUUCCUACUUUGUGUAAUUAAGAUUAGGAGCCGACGUUUGGAUGGAUAAACAAAACAGGACGAGAAGACGGAUACAUCAUACAUUAUUAUAGACAUUCCACGAUUUAUGAAAAGCGGUAAGUCCGCGUCGGCAUCGGUCGCCUAAAUAUUCAGAAAAUGUAUUCAUCCAUCAAAUCAUAAUAUUAUUAUAUCGCAUUAACUAUUAUCAUUUAAUACUCUCAUUAUACUUACCAUUGUUUCACCAAGAUUGAUGUAAAAAAUAAAAAGUACCUGAUUUAACACAAA